ACUAACAGUAUAACACUAAUUGAGAAACAUAUGAGGCGUGGUCACGAUAGUUGAUGUUGACAAUUAGUUAAAAUUAAACGUCUUGGCAAUUAAAAGGCUAUUUAAUUUAAAUCCGUACCUUGAUACGGAUAUAUAAAUUUAAUAAAUACAUUUGCAAUAAUGUUGGAUUAUCCUAAAGCUUCCAAUGCUGUUGUAUUUGGAGGAGUUAUCACGUAUGUAGCAGGUGUACUUCUUGUAAUGUCUUUUACUAGCCCUUAUUGGAUACAAUCAUAUGUAGAAACAUUCAGUAGUUUUAAGCAUAUGGGAUUAUGGGAAUAUUGUUUUGAGAAUUUCCGAUAUCCAUACUAUCAAUUUGAUAAAUUAUUCAAUGGUUGUCAUCACAUAUUCUCUCAAGAAUACUAUGUUAUCCGAGAAUGGUUGCUCCCAGGAUGGUUGAUGGUUGUUCAAGCAUUUGUUACUUUAGCUCUUUUAAUUUCAUUCUUUGGCCAAGCGAUUCUUAUAUUAAUUUUAAUAAGAUUUCCAUUAAAAUUUGUAUUGGAGAAUGAAUGGCUUCUAUCAAGCAUCGUUUGUGUUUGCAACGGUAUUGCAGGUGCAUUAUUAUUUCUCGCUGUUUCAAUAUUUGGAGGUCAAUGUUGGAGAAGGGAUUGGAUGAUGUAUCCAAAUUUCAAUCAUUUAUCUUGGUCGUAUGGAUUAGCUGUUAUUUCAUUCAAAUUCCAUACAGUCGGAGCAUUUCUUCUAUAUUUGGAUGCGCGAUCAAACUACAGAAGACGCAGAGAAUCUCGGAAUUUGGUUAUGCAAAUGCAACCCAAUCCUCAAACUCAUCACGGUUUACAACGCACAAACUAUAUAUAGAAUGCAUUGAAUCAUUUAAAAACCUAGAUUUUAUAUAAGAAUGAAACAUCAUUGAUUUAAACAAAAAC